ACCAUGAGACGCGGCACCGGCACCGGCUCCGGCACCGGCACCGGCAGCGGCUCCCCGGCGGCGGCGGCGAAGAGUUUGCCGGCUCCCGAGGCCGGCCUCCUGCGCGGCUGGAGCAGCGGCGGCCGCUGCCGCAGCGGCACCGGCAGGCACCGGAGAAGCGGCGGCAGCCAGACCACCGGCACCGGCACCGGCACCGGCGGCGGCUCCCGAGCCCAGGUGGCCACCGCGGACAGCAGCAGCGGCAGCACCGGCAGCAGCACCGGCGGCGGCACCGGCGGCGGCGGCUGGGGCAUCCCCGCCGCGCUCCCGCAGCAGCGGCAGCCCAGAAAAAACUGCUUAGACAAUCUAAUGGAUGAAGAUGAGAAAGACAGGGCAAAGAGGGCUUCGCGUAACAAGUCUGAGAAGAAGAGGCGUGAUCAGUUCAAUGUUCUCAUCAAAGAGCUCAGCUCCAUGCUUCCAGGCAACACCCGCAAAAUGGACAAAACUACUGUGCUGGAAAAAGUCAUUGGCUUUCUGCAGAAACACAAUGAAGUCUCGGCACAGACGGAGAUUUCUGAAAUUCAGCAGGACUGGAAGCCUUCAUUCCUCAGCAACGAAGAAUUCACCCAGCUGAUGUUGGAGGCAUUAGAUGGCUUCAUCAUCGCAGUAACCACAGGUGGGAGCAUCAUCUACGUGUCUGACAGCAUUACACCUCUUCUAGGGCAUUUGCCGUGUGAUGUCUUGGAUCAGAAUUUGUUAAAUUUCCUCCCGGAACAAGAACAUUCAGAAAUUUAUAAGAUGUUAUCUUCCUGUAUGCUUAUGACAGAUUCUGCCUCAUCGGAUUACCUAAAAACUGACAAUGAACUGGAGUUUUAUUGUCAUCUUCUGAGAGGAAGUUUGAACCCAAAGGAAUUUCCAACAUAUGAAUACAUAAAAUUUGUAGGAAAUUUUCGGUCUUACAGCAAUGUGCCUAACUCCACCUGCAAUGGCUUCGAUGAUGCUGUCCCGAGGGCUUACCGAACAUCGCCAGGAAAGCAGAUCUGCUUUGUCGCUACUGUUCGUUUGGCAACGCCUCAGUUUUUAAAGGAGAUGUGCAUCGUGGAAGAACCUUUAGAGGAAUUCACGUCAAGACACAGUCUGGAAUGGAAAUUUUUAUUCCUGGAUCACAGAGCACCACCGAUUAUAGGAUACUUGCCUUUUGAAGUGCUGGGUACUUCUGGCUAUGACUAUUACCAUAUAGAUGACCUAGAGCUGCUCGCAAGGUGCCAUGAACACUUGAUGCAGUUUGGCAAGGGGAAGUCGUGUUGCUAUCGGUUUCUGACCAAAGGACAGCAGUGGAUCUGGCUCCAGACCCAUUACUAUAUCACGUACCACCAGUGGAACUCCAAGCCAGAGUUCAUUGUGUGCACACACAUGGUGGUAAGUUACGCAGAUGUUCGGGUAGAGCGGAGACAGGAGAUGGGCUUGGAAGAAGUGUCCUCAGAGGUUGUGUCCUCAGCACUAAAGGACAGUAGCUCCAGCUUGGAUCCUGAACAGCACUUUAAUGCACUUGAUAUUGGUGCCUCAAUCCUCAGUGCUAGCCGGACACCCUCGGUAUCAUCCAGGAGCUCACCAAAAUCUUCCCACACACCCAAGUCAGACCCAGCAUCUACGCCAACAAAGCUGACUGCAGAGGCUAGCACCCCCUUGCAAAGGACACCCAGCACGCAGCAGGACUUAUCAGCACACAGACUCAGCCAACCUACCGCUCUGCAGCCUUCAUGUGAGCUUCUUCCACAGCAGUUACUGCCUCAAGCAACUUUGCAAAGUCAGCCUGCACCACUGGCACAGUUCUCAGCGCAGUUUAGCAUGUUCCAGACCAUCAAAGACCAGCUAGAGCAGCGAACGCGGAUCCUGCAGGCUAACAUCCGCUGGCAGCAGGAGGAGCUCCAGAAGAUACAGGAGCAGCUCUGCCUGGUCCAGGACUCCAGCGUGCAGAUGUUCCUACAGCAGCCAACGGUGUCCCUGAGCUUUAGCAAUAUUCAGCAGCCAGAGCCGCAGCAGCUACAGCAGAGGCCAGGGGUCAUUUCUCAGCAGCAGCUUGUCCCCAGUCCUCAGCUCCCCGGGCAAAUUGCAUCUCCGCAAACACCGAACCAGCAAGUACUGAGAGAAGCAAGUGUGAUAUCGAGCCAGGGCCCAAAAGCGGUGAGGAGCACGGAGCUGGCACCGGGUGGUGGCCGUCCUCUCCGCGCCUCGGUCCCACCGUUCGGCCCCGCCACGGGCCCUGCAGCCCCACCACCCCGCCGUGGCCCCGGCCCCGGCCCCGGCCCCGGCCCACCCGCCGCCGGCUGCAGCCACGACCAGCAGCUCAGACUGUUGCUCAGCCAACCUAUUCAGCCAAUGAUGCCCGCGUCCUGUAAUGCAAGACACCCUUCAGACCUCAGCAUGGCUGGAUCCCAGGCUAAAUACUCUCAAAACCAACAAAUGUUUCAAAGUUUGGAAGUGCAGACUUCCAGCAGUGGCUCUCCAAUCGUUCUGAUGGGACAAGCAGUGUUAAACCAAGGGUUUGCCAUGACACCUCCUUCCCAGCCAUCCUCUCUGCCACCUAUGCAACUCCAGCACCAACAGCAUCAGCAACAACGCUACCUGCAGGUAGGGAAGGACAAAGAGGACAAUGUAUAAAACAUAGUCACAGAAUUAUAAGGCAAACGGGCUGUGCAAACGGGGCCUGCAAGCCUUGACAAGCUGUAAGUUUCAGCGGGAGCCUGAUCAUGGCGGAGAUGGCCAUUUCAGAGAUAACUGAAAUGUGCAAGACACUGAUACGGUGUCGUGUACCCUUCCAGUAUAGCAAGGGAGCAGUGAGAACAGUCAGAAUAUUUCAAAGGAAGUUACUAAUCCUGUACAUUGGAAACAUAAUCAGAUUAUCCUGGAUGUAUUUAAAGUGUAUUUCUAGAUGGAGAAAAUUGCUGCCUUUGGAUUUAUUCUGUACUCUUUAUUAAGUACAAAAUUUGCUUAGUUUACAAGUCAAAAGAUGAUUUUUAAUUACCAGCACCAACAUAAAAUAAGAUUGGGAUCAGAUAUCCAUAUCCCUUCCAUAAAUUAACGUAUUUCCUCAACUCCACAAGGCAAAGAAGAUGAAUUGGAGCAGAUCACCUGGAAGCACCAGGUGAUUUAAAGAUAUAAAAAUACUGAUUUUUUUUACCUAAUUCAGCACACGUAAAGCUAAGGGAAAGGGGGGAAAGGAGGUGUCUAUUAACUCAGAAGGAGCUGAACUGAGUCUAUAAAACCUGAUCACAUCUCCACUGGAAUCACUGAAAGAGAAUCAUCGGCUUCAAAUGAUCACACCGAAAAACGAAAUCCUUAUCAUAGCUGAGAAUUAAUGAAAAAACAUGGCAGACACCAUUCCCAGGCAAGCAUCUGCAAAAUUCACAUCGACUUCAACACUACAAUGUCGCACCCUACUGUAAACUCACAACAAGAAAGGGCUAGAAGGGGCCUCAUGAGGUCCACUAGGAUCCCCUGUGUUAUUUCUACUUCAUUUCUGUCAUCUAGCCUUGUCAUUUCUGACAUAUUUGCUCAGCCUGUUCUUAAACAGGCUUUUCAGAAUAACCCGCAAAUCCUAGGCAGCGCAUUCCUACUAGAAAACCUUUCUCAAUGCCUAAUUGUAAUCUUCUUUGCUGCAAUUUAAAUCUGUUCCUUCUAGCAUAGGUAGGCUAACCCCAUGCCUAGCACACAGCCCCAGAGAUAAAAGCCAGCAAAAAGAGUAAUAUUUUUAAGCACGCUACAUUGAGGACGACGAGCUCUAACGUGAAAGAAUCAAACAACACGGUGAAUUUUAUUUUAUCUGUAGGUGCAAACACCAAGUUCUUUGCACAAUGAGCAAACCGAUUCUUUGCUCCUGCCACCUUACUCACCACAGCAAGGAAACAUGGGGUAUCAUCAGGCACAGCAGCAGCAGCAGCAACUACCAAGAAGAAGCAAUAGCUUAUCAGAAUCAUCAAACUUACCACAGCCACUGCGAUAGAGUCCCACCAGCACAAUCAAUGCACGAUUAGCUUUAACCAAUGGGCACAUGGGGCAGGAGAGAAUGACUCUGUACUUACCGUUUCGGCUUUUGCACAAGCCUUUCUUUCAGAGCUCUGUGACAGAAGGAUGCCACAGGGCGCAGACUGCCGCACGCAGCGCACUUAGGGCACGCAGGAUCCAGUUGGCGCUGUCUGGUGAGCGCAGUACGCACUGCGCAGAGCGGAACGAAGAGGAGCACCGUCCUGUGCAAACUCCACCGUCACCGGCUGCACGGGAGGAGGAGUUCGAGCUCGGCGUGCCGCUCAGAAAGCUGUCUGGCAAUUCCAAAAGACUGUUGACAGACACUUGAGGUACUUGGCCUUCACUGUUUCAGUUCUUCUUUUGUGUAUGAAAAGCACUGCGUCAAAGGUCUAUUGAGGAGAGAACAAGAGAUUAUUUUUAUUAUGAUUAUUGUUAUUAUUUUGCACAACUGCACAGAGGACAAAACCUAGGCACUUUCUGUAAAGAGAAGUUUGUUUCCUUAUUCUUGUGGCCAAAUUAGCACAUCCAAUGGAGAAGAAAGCCUGGUCAUUGGUGAAGAUGGUCUACAGCUCAUAACUCUUGAUUUAGAAUCUGAAAAGUAUUAUGCAGCUUAUCCUAACUGUUCUUCACAACUAAAAACAAAA